CCCAUCAAAUUUAGCAUCCUGGUGUCUCCAGGCUGCAGCAUUGAGAAUGGAGAGGACCUGCUGGCUCUUGGCUUUUGUGCUCUUGCUGCAGGUACUACUAACAGAAGCUGCUAUCAGUGUGGGUGGUGGGAUUGGCGUCAACAUUGGCAAUGGUGGUGGAAGGGUUUGGAUUGGUGGGGGAGUCAAUGUUCCACCUCCAUCUGGGUCUUCGAGAUCAGACCUCAACAGUGCUUACUCUGCUCUGCAGGCAUGGAAAUCGGCGAUUACAGAGGACCCAUUGAUGAUUAUGAAGACAUGGGUUGGCUCCGAUGUGUGUUCUUACAGAGGAGUUUUUUGCGCAGAUGCUCAAGAUGGAAUGGGUCCAUUUGUUUCCGGCGUGGAUCUCAACUACGCAAAUCUCCGAGGAACUCUUGUUGAGGAACUGUCUCUGCUCACGGACAUGUCUCUUCUCCACCUCAACAGCAACAGGUUUGCCGGCACAGUUCCGGACACUUUCAAGGACCUCUUAGCUCUUCAAGAGUUAGACCUCAGUAACAACCAGUUCUCGGGUCCAUUCCCGAUAGUAACCUUGUACAUUCCUAAUCUCGUUUACUUAGACCUCCGAUUCAACAGUUUCACCGGCCCACUGCCGGGGGAUCUCUUCAACAAGAAACUCGAUGCAAUUUUUCUCAACAACAACCAGUUUGGGGGUCAAAUUCCAUACAAUCUGGGUAAUUCUCCGGCUUCUGUGAUCAAUUUGGCCAACAACAAGUUUACAGGAAACAUUCCGUCGAGUUUGGGCUUCAUGAGUUCUAAAUUAAAGGAGAUUCUAUUUCUGAACAACCAGUUAACCGGCUGCAUUCCAGAGGGGAUUGGAUUGUUCACAGAGAUGCAGGUUUUUGAUGUGAGCUACAACUCGCUCAUGGGUCAUUUGCCGGACACAAUAUCCUGCCUGAACGAAAUAGAGGUUCUCAAUUUAGCACACAACCGGCUAUCUGGGGUGCUGCCAGAACUGGUCUGUUCCCUGAGGAGCCUGGUGAAUUUGACUGUGGCCUACAAUUUCCUUUCUGGGUUUAGCCAGGAUUGCACCAAGCUGAUUUUCAGGAAUGUGGGGUUUGAUUUCUCCUCCAAUUGCAUUCCAGGGAGGCAAAUGCAAAGACCACAGCCCGAAUGCUCUGGAAUUCCCGGCAUUGGGUUGAAUUGCCUGAGAAUCCCUGGAGGUCAGCCUCUAAUUUGUGGGGCACUGAUGGGGAACAUGGAGGCUAAUCUAAGCUCAACACCUUCAUCUCCAUGAGAAAGCACAUCGGUAGCAGUGUACCACAGGUUAGUGAUGGCUAUAUCACAUUUACUAAUAGCAGUUAUGAGCUAGAGCUUCCACAGUCCUCUUUUUGGGUCUACUAUAUCUGUCUUUCAAAGGAUAAGACAAUCCCAAGCUACUGGAGAAAAAAAUUUAUGAGUCUAUCUGCCGGUCUAAAUUCUACUAUAUCAUUACAAAGACAAUAAUUUGCAACUUGCAUUGCCAUGCCUAUGUGGUCCAACCGUCCAAGGCUUAAAUCCUGUUUGGCCUAACUGAGUUACUGAAGUGUAUGUAGAAAGUAGAUACUUUCCAAGAAUUUGUAGAUAUCUAAAGUUAAUAAUUUCCAUUAAACUAA